CGACGGCUUCGUGCUGCGAGGGGCCGCAGAGCUGCGCUGCAGAACCGGGGGUGUCUGGAGCGAACCCCCCCCGUGUGCGACGACGGCGAAGGUGACUGUCCCCCCCCUGUGACACCAGCGGGGGGGUGACAAUGAGCGGGGGACGGCACCAUGGAGCCGAGGUUCGGGUGCACUGUGGGGCAGGGCUGCAGCUUCUGGGACCUCCCCGGCGCUACUGUAUGGAAACUGGGAGGUGGUCCGGGCCUGAACCCACCUGCCGCCACCCCUACGCCUUCGACCUCCCUGAGGACAUCAGCAGUGGCCUUGGCUCUUCCUUCGCCUCCAUCCUGGAGCUGGCGGGUGCCCGCAAUGACAGUGACAUGUCCCUGGGACGUCGCAUUGUACUGAGUCGCAAUGAGUCCCUCCAUGUCUACGUGCUUCUGGAUGCCUCUGGCAGUGUCCAACAGGAGAACUUUGAGCUCUUCCGGCAGAGUGCGGUGGCCAUCGUGGAUAGGCUCAGCAGCUUCGAGGUGCCCCUCAGGUUUGCCAUUGUCUCCUUCGCCACCCACACGCAUGUCAUCAUCUCCACCAUCGAAGACGACGCUUCCGAUGCUGACGAAGUCAUCGCGCGCUUGGAGGCCAUGAACUUUGAUGUGCACAGAAAUGCAACAGGAACCAACAUGCAUGGGGCGCUGUUGGAGGUCUACCACAUGAUCCUCUUCCAAAAGGAGCGGUCAAUGCGUGAUGGCCAACCCAACGUGUGGAGGAACACGCGGCAUGUUGUCAUCCUGCUGACAGAUGGGAGGUUCAAUGUUGGUGGACAUCCCCGGGACGCGGUGGCCAAGAUUGAGGAUGUGCUGGAGAUCAGAGAGGACCGCGAGGAGUAUCUGGACAUCUAUGCUUUUGGGGUGGGGACCCUGGAGGUGGACAUGGCCGAGCUGGAGGCAGUGGCCUCGCACCGCCGGGAUGAGCGCCAUGCCUUCAAGCUGGCAGAUGCGUCAGCACUACGCCAGGCACUGGAGGGAGCAUUGGCUGCUACUGCCAUCGGGGACCUCUGUGGUGUCAUCAUCCCUGCUGGCACUGUCCGACCACCGUGGCAUGUUGUACUGAGGACUGGAGUGCAGCAGCGUUGUGCAGGGACCCUUCUGGGGGGCCGCUGGGUGCUGACGGCUGCCCACUGCUUCCUGGGGGGUGAAAGCCCCCAUGACUGGAGCGCCGAGCUGGCAGGGGGUCAGGAGGUUUCCAUCCGGGGGUGGAAACUCCAUGAGGACUUUGAUAUCCGGGGGAGGGCGGCACGGGGGGUCCCUGAAUUCUACGACUAUGAUGUGGCCCUGGUGGAGCUUGAGAAGGAGGUGGGAGACACAGGGGCCCCCAGGCGCAUUUGCAUACCCUGCACUGAGGAUGCGAACAGAGCUCUGAGAAUGGCACCAGGGACCACAUGCCAGAAGCAAGAGGUGGAGCUGUUGGGCCACACUCGUGUCCCCGCCGAGUUUGUGUCACUGGAGGGCAAGAGGUUGAGCGUCAGGAUCAAGGAGCAGGAAGAGCGUGCCUCCUGCCUGGGGGGUGCAGUGCAGCCUGGGAUGCCCCAUGCCAAUGCCUCUGUGAAGGAUGUGGUGACAGAACGGUUCCUGUGCAGUGGGCAGGAGAGCGGCAGUGAGCGGGAGGAUGCAGCCUGCAAAGGUGAAUCUGGGGGUUCCCUCUUUGUGGACCGCCGCCACCGUUUC